GAUGGAUUUCGUGCGCAGGGGGUGCACGAAAUGGUCUACCUUCAGCAUUUUCCUUUUAUUAAUGACGUAAAAAUGGUUUUUGUGGGGGACAGGGAGUAGAGAAUUGGUACUGGUUGGUUGGUUGUAUUAAAAGUCAAGGAGGGAGACGCAAAGGAUAUGAGAGAUUCUUCAGCAGCCGGAGGCCGGUCGUCGUCCCUAAUGGAAAACUUACUCGGACUCCUCAGGAUCCGGGUCAAGCGUGGCGUCAAUCUCGCCGUCCGCGACGUCUGUAGUAGUGACCCUUACGUUGUCAUCAAGAUGGCUAAACAGAAACUCAAGACACGUGUCAUUAAAAAGGAUGUUAAUCCCGAGUGGAAUGAAGAUCUAACUCUGUCAGUUUCAGACCCUAAUCUUCCGAUCAAGCUGACUGUUUAUGAUCAUGACACAUUCACCAAAGAUGACAAAAUGGGAGAUGCUGAGUUUGACAUCAGGGCAUAUAUAGAUGCCUUGAGGAUGAAAUUAAAAGACCUCCCAAGUGGUACCAUAAUCACAAGAGUACAGCCAAGCAGGCAAAACUGCUUGGCUGAAGAGAGCUGCAUAACAUGGAACGAAGGCAAGCUGGUCCAAGAUCUCUGCCUCAGAUUGAGAAAUGUGGAACGCGGGGAAGUGGAAAUCCAAUUGCAAUGGAUUGAUCUUCCUGGUUCCAAGGGUUUGUAAAGUAUUUGAACGCUCCUUUAUUUGCUUUCUUUCACGUGUUGUGUGGGAUGGCAUCAAGCUUUUACAACCUCUUGUGAUUUCACUGUACAUAGACGUGUGAUGAACUCGGUUUGUAUGCUUUCGUGUUUGGCUAUUUGUAUCCAGUUUGUACGCAUUAUGUAGGUUUGAACAAUUUGAGGUGUUAAAUGUUACCAAAAUUACUAUAUUGCGUGUGCUCUAUCAUCGUUUGCUGUGAAUCUCAAUCUGUAAGGUGCUUCCCCACUUAGCAGGUAUUCCAGUAUGUAUUUGUUAAUUGCCUGUAGAAAAUGAGAUGCAGUAAAUGAAGAAAUGUUGUUCUUUUUC